AUGAAUUCGACCUUCCAACCUUCCAAGGGUGUUUCGGAUCCUCAUACCCAGCUUCCCAUCAUACGUUGUUCUCGUCGCUUCUGCGAUCCUUCUCCCGGUUCGGGCGAAGAUGGAAGCCCAUCCAUUUCUCGAACCCAAACGUUGUCCGGAUACCCCAGUCGGAUAAAGUUGAAGAAGCUGGACGACACUAUAUUGUCCCGCAGUUCUACCCAACCCGGAUCGGAGAAGUCAUCAAGGAGUGACAUCAAGUUGUCGGUAAAAUGGGAUUUGGGUCUAUAUCAACUCUGCGGCUUGCUCGGAACAUGCUGCCAUGAGAUUCCAGAGGGAAUUUCAAAAGUACCUCAUCAAAUAUACUCAUACAGGAAUAUCACAGUGAAAGGCGUUGUGUUAUGCUCAGAAUUUUCAUUCAAACUUCAAACGUUCGUGUCCUAUGGGCCAAGAAGGGCAAAACGAGCUCAACAUGGCCAAAUACAUGGAGCAGUCCCCAGCGACGCAUCCUGGCCACGAUUUUAUUAG